AUGGAUGCUAUCAACUUUGACCUCGUGGCCAUCGGAGCUGGAUGCUUCACGAUUUGUUAUGCAGCAGCGAACGUCUAUUACAGCAGCUUCAAUGGGCCACUAGCCACAUUACCGGGGCCGGCUUCGAGCAAGUUCACCGGCCUGCCCGUCGUCUACCAGGUCUAUCACGGCACGAUAAUGUAUUUCCUGCACGAUCUGCAUAAGCGCCAUGGUCCCAUCGUCCGUGUCACGCCCAGCGAAGUCUCAAUCUCGGACCCGAAAGCCGCAAAGGAGAUUCACAAGUUCCGCAGCGAGUAUCUGAAGACGCAGUUCUACGAGGACGCGUCCUUUGACGAGGCCCAGAACGUCUUCACGACCGCGGACCCGGUCUACCACGCGGAGUGGCGCCGCUUGUUCGCCAAGGCCGUCUCGCAGUCGAACCUGAUCACCUUUCAGCCGCUGAUCCAGAAGUACGUGGAAAUCCUGAUUAGAAAAAUCGAGCGGGAGCGAAGAGAGCAGGGAUAUGUCGACCUGGUGAAGUGGCUCAAGAGCUUUACGUCCGAUAUCACAGGGGAGCUGAGCGUAGGCUCGUCGCUGGGGAUGUUGGAGACUGGUGAGGAACAUCAAUACGUUAAAGACAUCAAACGCGUCAUGCCGCUCAACAUCUUCCGCCUGGCCCUAUGGCAAGGGGACUUCGCCAAGAUGCGCCACCUGCCGUUCUUCCCCUUCGCCACGCUCCGUGGUGUGUCCACGCGGCUCGCUUCCUUUGCCAAGUCGUACAUUGACGACUACCGCGCGCGCCUCGGCUCGGGGACCACCUCGUACACCAUCCUACUCGACAAGGCGCUCGAGACGCAGGCGCGCGAGGGUAGGAUAUCGGAGCCCGAGAUCUUGUCGAAUGCGGUGAUCCUCAUGCUCGCGGGGACAGAUACCACCGCAAACACGCUGGCUUAUAUGCUGUGGUUGUUGGCCAAGUAUCCGGAUGUCAAGGCCAAGCUGGUGGAGGAGAUUGAGCAAGCGCGAUUGCCGGGUAACCCCGGUAUUGAGGAACUCGGGAAGCUGAAGUAUCUUGAUCACUUCAUGCUGGAGGUCAUGAGACUGUAUGGCGCCGCGCCGGGACCGCUACCCGCAAGGUGGUACCCUGCUGGUGGUCGCACCAUCUGCGGACACUUUGUCCCCGCCGGCAUGACCUUCUCCCCCAUCGCCUACAGUAUCUCGCGCGACCCGGCCGUCUAUCCUGACCCAGACACGUUCAACCCGGACCGCUGGGCAGACGCCACGACAGCGAUGAAGGAGGCCGACUUCAGCUUCGGCGGGGGCACGCGCAUCUGCCUGGGCAUGCACAUUGCAAACCUGGAGAUGAGGAUGGUCGUGGUCGCCUUCCUGCGGUCGCCGCUGCGAGACGCGCAGCUUGCAUACGGCGUCAAUGGGUUCUCGGAGGGAGGCAUGAAGCAGCUCGAGGCUAUUGCUGCGAGGCCGUGGGGCGAUCAAGUGCUGAUUCACUAUGCAGCAUGGGCGGGAUGUCCGAUGGGGGCUGAGCAUUAGUCU